AUGAGAUCUAUAAGAAAAUGGGCGUACGAGACGUUCAAUGAUGAAAAAAUCAUUCAAUUCGUGGUAAUGGCGACACCUGAUGAUUUACACGCAAAUUCGGAGUAUAUUAGAAUGGCAGACCAAUAUGUGCAGGUACCAGGGGGUACCAACAACAACAAUUACGCCAACAUAGACUUAAUACUGGACGUGGCAGAGCAAACGGAUGUGGAUGCGGUCUGGGCUGGAUGGGGCCAUGCUUCUGAAAAUCCGUGUCUUCCUGAGCUGUUAGCUAGUUCACAAAGGAAAAUACUAUUCAUUGGUCCUCCUGGACGCGCUAUGAGAUCAUUGGGUGACAAGAUUUCUUCCACUAUUGUAGCACAAAGCGCUAAAAUCCCGUGUAUCCCUUGGUCUGGUUCACAUAUAGACACUAUCCAUAUCGAUAACAAGACGAACUUUGUAUCUGUGCCGGAUGAUGUAUAUGUAAGGGGAUGUUGUUCCUCACCUGAAGAUGCUUUAGAAAAGGCUAAAUUAAUAGGAUUUCCUGUAAUGAUUAAGGCAUCCGAAGGUGGUGGAGGUAAGGGCAUUAGGCGAGUAGAUAAUGAGGAUGAUUUUAUUGCAUUAUAUCGCCAAGCAGUGAAUGAGACACCUGGGUCGCCUAUGUUUGUUAUGAAAGUUGUCACUGAUGCUCGUCACUUAGAGGUACAGUUAUUAGCUGACCAAUAUGGCACUAACAUUACAUUGUUUGGGAGAGACUGUUCCAUACAAAGGCGGCACCAAAAGAUUAUAGAAGAGGCACCAGUGACAAUAACCAAGCCUGAAACGUUUCAAAGGAUGGAACGCGCAGCAAUUCGUCUAGGUGAAUUGGUAGGUUAUGUUUCUGCGGGCACUGUCGAAUACUUAUAUUCACCAAAAGAUGAUAAAUUUUACUUUUUAGAACUGAAUCCGAGACUACAAGUAGAGCAUCCAACGACAGAAAUGAUAUCUGGCGUAAACCUUCCUGCCACUCAACUGCAAAUCGCCAUGGGCAUUCCUAUGCACAUGAUAAGUGAUAUCAGAAAACUUUAUGGUUUAGAUCCAACGGGAACUUCGUAUAUUGAUUUUAAAAAUUUAAAGAGACCCUCGCCAAAAGGCCAUUGUAUUUCAUGCAGGAUCACUUCAGAAGAUCCUAAUGAAGGUUUCAAGCCCUCCACUGGGAAAAUACAUGAGCUCAAUUUUCGUUCUUCUUCCAAUGUUUGGGGUUACUUCUCAGUAGGAAAUAAUGGUGCUAUUCACUCAUUUUCAGAUUCCCAAUUUGGGCACAUUUUUGCUGUAGGAAACGAUAGGCAAGAUGCAAAGCAAAACAUGGUUUUAGCUCUAAAAGAUUUUUCCAUCCGAGGAGAAUUCAAAACCCCCAUAGAGUACCUGAUAGAGCUAUUAGAAACUCGGGACUUUGAGAGUAAUAACAUAUCGACUGGUUGGUUAGAUGAUUUGAUUUUGAAAAAUUUAUCUUCCGAUAGCAAACUAGAUCCAACGCUCGCUAUUAUCUGUGGUGCCGCAAUGAAAGCAUACGUUUUCACAGAAAAGGUGAGGAAUAAGUAUUUGGAAUUAUUGCGGAGGGGCCAAGUUCCACCUAAAGAUUUUCUUAAAACGAAGUUUCCUGUUGACUUCAUUUUCGAUAAUAAUAGAUACUUGUUCAAUGUUGCUCAAUCAUCUGAAGAACAAUUUAUUCUUUCUAUCAAUAAGUCUCAAUGUGAAGUUAAUGUUCAAAAAUUGUCCAGUGACUGCUUGUUGAUCUCCGUUGACGGUAAAUGCCAUACAGUUUAUUGGAAGGACGAUAUCAGAGGUACAAGACUUUCGAUAGACUCCAAUACCAUAUUUUUAGAAGCUGAACUCAAUCCCACUCAAGUGAUCUCUCCAACUCCGGGGAAAUUGGUGAAAUAUUUGGUCCGAAGUGGUGAUCACGUUUUUGCUGGACAGCAAUAUGCAGAAAUAGAAAUAAUGAAAAUGCAGAUGCCACUAGUAGCGAAAAGUGAUGGUGUAAUUGAGUUACUAAGACAGCCCGGUUCCAUAAUUGAGGCUGGUGAUGUCAUCGCAAAAUUGACUUUGGAUUCGCCGUCCAAAGCUAACGAAUCGUCUUUAUACCGCGGAGAAUUACCUGUUUUAGGUCCACCGCUAAUAGAGGGUAGCCGACCAAACCAUAAGCUCAGAGUCUUAAUAAAUAGGUUAGAAAAUAUUCUCAAUGGAUAUCAUGAAAACUCUGGAAUAGAAACUACUCUAAAAGAGUUGAUAAAAAUAUUGAGAGAUGGUAGGCUUCCUUAUUCAGAAUGGGAUUCCCAAAUUUCUACGGUACGCAAUAGACUACCAAGGCAAUUGAAUGAGGGGCUGGGAAAUCUAGUCAAGAAAUCUGUUUCUUUUCCUGCAAAGGAACUGCACAAAUUAAUGAAGCGCUACUUGGAAGAAAAUACAAAUGAUCAUGUAGUUUAUGUUGCCUUACAGCCACUUCUUAAAAUUAGUGAAAGGUAUAGCGAAGGUUUAGCUAAUCACGAAUGUGAAAUUUUUUUAAAGUUGAUUAAAAAGUACUAUGCUGUUGAGAAAAUUUUUGAAAAUCAUGAUAUACAUGAAGAAAGAAACUUACUAAAUCUGCGGAGGAAAGACCUUACAAACUUGAAAAAAAUUUUGUGCAUAAGUUUAUCGCAUGCUAACGUAGUCGCAAAGAACAAGUUAGUAACUGCAAUAUUGCAUGAAUACGAGCCAUUGUGCCAGGAUUCCUCUAAGAUGUCUUUAAAAUUCAGGGCUGUUAUACAUGAUUUGGCAAGUUUGGAAUCUAAGUGGGCUAAAGAGGUUGCUGUAAAGGCAAGAUCAGUGCUACUCAGAGGGAUUUUCCCUCCCAUAAAGAAAAGAAAAGAGCAUAUUAAAACUCUCCUGCAAUUGCACAUAAAGGAUACUGGUGCCGAAAACAUUCACAGCAGGAACAUAUAUUCCUGUAUGAGGGAUUUUGGUAAUUUAAUACAUUCAAAUCUGAUACAACUUCAGGAUUUGUUCUUUUUUUUUGGCCAUCAAGAUACGGCUCUUUCCAGUAUAGCAUCUGAAAUUUAUGCAAGGUAUGCCUACGGCAAUUAUCAAUUAAAAAGUAUUAAGAUUCAUAAAGGAGCGCCUGAUUUACUAAUGUCAUGGCAAUUCAGCUCAUUAAGAAAUUAUUUAGUCAAUUCUGAUGGUGAGAGUGAUGAGUUUACAAAACUUUCUAAACCUCCCUCAACAUCAGGUAAGAGCUCAGCAAAUAGUUUUGGUCUUCUUGUCAACAUGCGUGCGCUUGAAUCUCUGGAAAAGACAUUAGACGAGGUAUACGAACAAAUUCAUAUUCCUGAGGAAAGACUUUCCAGCGGAGAGAACUCUCUUAUUGUUAAUAUUUUAUCUCCUAUUCGUUACAGAAGUGAAAAUGAUCUAAUUAAAACUUUAAAAAUUAAACUUCAUGAAAAUGAGAGAGGUCUAUCCAAGCUCAAGGUUAAUCGUAUUACAUUUGCAUUUAUCGCCGCGAAUGCGCCCGCUGUUAAAUUUUACUCCUUUGAUGGAACUACGUACGAUGAAAUCUCUCAAAUAAGAAAUAUGGAUCCAUCCUAUGAAGCACCGUUAGAGUUAGGAAAAAUGUCGAACUAUAAAAUCAGAUCACUACCUACAUACGAUAGUAGUAUACGCAUUUUUGAAGGUAUUAGCAAAUUUACGCCGCUAGAUAAAAGGUUCUUUGUCAGGAAAAUCAUAAAUUCCUUCAUGUAUAAUGAUCAAAAAACAACCGAAGAAAACUUGAAAGCGGAAAUCAAUGCUCAAGUGGUUUAUAUGUUAGAACAUCUAGGAGCAGUUGACAUCUCAAAUUCAGACUUGAAUCAUAUUUUUUUAAGUUUCAAUACAGUUCUUAACAUACCAGUACAUCGUCUCGAGGAAAUUGUGAGUACAAUUCUAAAGACUCACGAAACCAGAUUGUUUCAAGAAAGAAUCACAGAUGUAGAAAUUUGCAUCUCUGUUGAGUGCCUAGAAACAAAGAAGCCAGCCCCGCUUAGAUUACUUAUUUCUAAUAAAUCUGGGUAUGUGGUAAAAAUUGAGACAUAUUACGAAAAGAUAGGGAAAAAUGGGAAUCUGAUUUUGGAACCGUGUAGUGAGCAGAGCCAUUAUAGCCAGAAAUCUCUCUCUCUUCCUUACUCGGUCAAGGAUUGGCUACAACCUAAAAGGUACAAAGCUCAAUUCAUGGGUACAACAUAUGUGUACGAUUUCCCAGGUCUGUUUCAUCAAGCUGCAAUCCAACAGUGGAAAAGGUAUUUUCCAAAACAUAAGCUGAAUGACAGUUUUUUUAGUUGGGUUGAAUUGAUAGAACAAAACGGUAAUUUAAUAAAAGUAAACAGGGAGCCAGGCCUUAAUAAUAUAGGGAUGGUUGCUUUUGAGAUUAUGGUUCAGACACCUGAAUAUCCUGAAGGGCGUAACAUGAUCGUGAUUUCUAAUGAUAUUACCUACAAUAUUGGAUCUUUUGGACCGAGAGAAGAUUUGUUUUUUGAUAGGGUCACAAAUUAUGCAAGAGAGAGAGGGAUCCCGAGGAUAUACUUGGCGGCGAAUUCAGGAGCUAAAUUGGGUAUAGCCGAAGAGCUGAUCCCUCUAUUUCGUGUAGCAUGGAAUGACCCCUCUGAUCCAACAAAGGGUUUCCAGUACUUAUACUUAGCUCCAAAAGACAUGCAGCUACUGAAAGAUUCUGGGAAAGGAAAUUCGGUUGUUGUUGAACACAAGAUGGUAUACGGUGAAGAGAGAUAUAUUAUUAAAGCAAUAGUCGGAUUCGAAGAGGGUUUAGGUGUUGAAUGUUUACAGGGCUCGGGUUUAAUUGCUGGUGCCACUUCGAAAGCGUAUAGAGACAUUUUCACUAUUACUGCUGUUACUUGUCGGUCCGUUGGUAUAGGUUCCUAUCUGGUCAGACUAGGACAACGUACUAUUCAGGUGGAGGAUAAGCCUAUCAUACUGACGGGUGCAUCGGCGAUUAAUAAAGUUUUGGGUACCGAUAUCUAUACAUCUAACCUACAAAUUGGCGGAACCCAAAUCAUGUAUAAAAACGGAAUAGCGCAUUUAACAGCCAGUAAUGAUAUGAAAGCCAUCGAAAAAAUAAUGACAUGGUUAUCAUAUGUCCCGGCGAAAAGAGAUAUGAGUCCUCCACUUCUUGAAACUAUGGAUAGAUGGGAUAGGGAUGUAGACUUCAAACCUGCCAAGCAAGUGCCAUAUGAGGCAAGGUGGUUGAUAGAGGGUAAAUGGGACUCAAAUAACAACUUCCAGUCAGGCCUAUUUGAUAAGGAUUCGUUUUUUGAGACAUUAUCUGGAUGGGCCAAAGGUGUAAUAGUUGGAAGAGCACGUCUUGGAGGUAUUCCCGUGGGUGUUAUUGCGGUAGAAACUAAGACUAUCGAAGAAAUAAUCCCCGCUGACCCAGCUAAUCUGGAUUCUUCAGAGUUUUCCGUUAAAGAAGCAGGACAGGUGUGGUAUCCAAAUUCCGCGUUCAAAACAGCUCAAACUAUAAAUGAUUUUAACUAUGGUGAGCAAUUACCAUUGAUUAUCUUAGCCAAUUGGAGGGGAUUUUCUGGCGGUCAAAGGGAUAUGUACAAUGAAGUACUAAAGUACGGGUCUUUUAUUGUUGACGCUCUGGUUGACUACAAACAACCCAUACUGAUAUACAUUCCGCCCUUUGGUGAAUUAAGGGGCGGAUCAUGGGUUGUUAUAGAUCCAACUAUUAAUCCUGAACAAAUGGAAAUGUAUGCCGAUGUUGAAUCUAGGGGAGGUGUGUUAGAACCUGACGGAGUAGUUAGCAUAAAAUACCGUAAGGAGAAAAUGAUAGAGACGAUGAUUCGAUUAGACUCCACAUAUGGACAUUUGAGAAGAACGUUGACAGAAAAAAAGUUAUCUUUGGAAAAACAAAAUGAUCUUACGAAGAGAUUGAAAAUAAGAGAGAGACAGUUGAUACCAAUUUACAAUCAAAUCAGCAUACAGUUUGCAGAUUUACAUGAUAGAUCGACUAGGAUGCUAGUUAAAGGAGUAAUCCGAAAUGAGUUGGAAUGGAAAAAGUCACGCAGAUUUUUAUAUUGGAGACUGAGAAGGAGGUUGAACGAGGGACAAGUGAUCAAAAGACUGCAAAAAAAAACAUGUGAUAACAAAACGAAAAUGAAGUACGACGACCUGUUGAAAAUAGUUCAGUCAUGGUAUAACGAUCUGGAUGUUAAUGAUGACAGAGCAGUAGUGGAGUUCAUAGAAAGAAAUUCGAAAAAAAUUGACAAGAACAUUGAAGAGUUUGAGAUCUCGCUGUUGAUCGAUGAGCUUAAGAAAAAAUUUGAAGACAGAAGGGGAAACAUUGUCCUUGAAGAGCUAACUAGGUUGGUGGACAGUAAGCGAAAGAGAUAG